UUCUCCUUCCCCGUGCAGCCCCGCUCGGUUCCCCCAAUGAGGCAGGACGCACUCCUCCUCCUGAGCCCGUCCGUGUCAUGAGACAGUCAGUAUAGUCGCUCCUGACGCCCCCGUGGACUCCUUUUCCACAGCUUUGGUUUGGUUCCAUGAAAUAAUGCCAUGGUUGCAGGAGUGCACGGUUCUUCUGCUGCUGCUGCAACACUUUGUUUUCUCCCUGGCAGGCGGCCAUGAAGACUUGAACCUCUCUCUCUUUGCAGGACAAGGUGAUGCGCCUCAGUCAGGAUCCGUGAUCCAUCCAGUGAAAACCAACGCUGCCGGAGAGUUCAUCUCCCACUCUCUGUCUCACCAUUUCAAGAAUGGGCGAGUCAGGCGAGACCUGAGUGCGGUGGGACAGGUUUACUACAAGCUCAACUACACAGGUCGCGCUUUAUUGCUCAAUUUGACCGAAAACCAUCAGCUGCUUUCAAGCGACUACAUCCUGGAGCGGCGCAACGGCGACGUCAACCGGACCGAGAGUCGGCGGACGCCUGCGGAGACAUCCUGCCACCUUCUCGGCACCAUGGAGGUCUCUGGGGUGAAGGGAACUGCUGCCAUCAGCACAUGUAAUGGACUGAGAGGCUUCUUCUCCCUGCCGGAGGGACACUUUUUCAUUGAGCCGCUCCCAAAAUCUCCGAGUGAUCCCGCAGGUUCCCCAGAGCCGCACAUCAUCUUCCCGAGAGUUGUCACGGUAACGCACAGGGGAAAACGCAGCGCCGAGGGCGAACAGACACCCAGCCCGUGCGGAGUAACAGAUGGCGACUUUGUGCGGCUGGAGAGGGAGAGGGAGGAGUGGGAGUGGGAGCACGGUCCGACGCAGUCCCGCUCCCGGCGCUCGGUCAGCAGGGAGCGCUGGGUCGAGACCAUGGUGGUGGCCGAUUCCAAGCUCAUCGAAUAUCACGGCAGCGACAAUGUGGAGUCCUACAUCUUCACCAUCAUGAACAUGGUGGCGGGCAUCUUCCAUGACGCCAGCAUUGGGAAUGCCAUCCACGUCCUCUUGGUUCGUCUGAUUCUACUACAGGGAGAAGAGAAAGGCCUGAAGAUCGUCCACCAUGCAGACACCACUCUGUCCAGCUUCUGUGCCUGGCAGAAGAACUUAAAUCCACAGAGUGACACGCAUCCCGCCCAUCAUGACCUGGCUAUGUUGGUCACCAGGAAGGACAUCUGUGCCGGGAUGAACCAACCCUGCGAGACCUUAGGCCUGUCUCAUCUUUCUGGCAUGUGCCAACCGCACCGCAGCUGCAACAUCAACGAGGAUUCGGGCUUACCGGUGGCCUUCACCAUCGCCCACGAGAUGGGUCAUAGCUUUGGAAUCCAUCACGACGGCCAAGGGAACGACUGCGAGGUGGGAGGGAGGCACCCCUUCAUCAUGUCCAGACAGCUGAUGUACGACAGCUCGCCUCUCACUUGGUCGUCCUGCUCUAAGGACUACAUCACACGCUUCCUCGAUCGUGGAUGGGGUUUCUGUUUGGAUGAUCGUCCUUCCAAAAGAGACCUGACCACGCCUUUGGCGCGCCUCGGCGUUCGCUACACCACGCACCACCAGUGUCAGCUCCAGUACGGGCCCAAUGCCACCUUCUGCAACGAGGUGGAUAACAUUUGCCAGAUUCUUUGGUGCUCUGUGAAUGGCUCUUGUCGCUCUAAACUGGACUCCCCCCCGCCCCUUUCCCCCCCCUUGGGGGGGGGGGGGGUGAACCCUUGCGAGCUCCACUGCCGGCCCGACACUGAGUAUUUUUCGGAGAAGAUGCUCGACACUGUGACUGACGGAACACCGUGCUUCAUGAACAACAACUCCAGAAACAUCUGCGUCAACGGAGUGUGCAAGGAGGUGGGCUGUGAUUAUGGCAUCGACUCAAACGCAGUGGAGGAUCGUUGCGGAGUGUGUUUGGGUGACGGCACGAGCUGCAAGACGGUCUACAAGUCGUUUGAGGAGGGAGAAGGCUUCGGGUACGUGGACGUGGGCGUGAUACCCGAGGGGGCCCGGGACAUCCUGGUGAAGGAAACUGAGGAGGCAGGUAACUUCCUGGCUCUGAGGAGACAGGGCUCGGAGGACUACUUUCUCAACGGCAACUACAUCAUCCAGUGGAAUGGGGAGUACCAGGCCGGUGGGACAACCUUCUACUAUGAACGUAGCGGGAACAUGGAGAACCUCACUGCACCUGGACCCACCAAGGAGCCAGUCGUGCUCCAGUUGUUGUUUCAGGAGAAUAACCCAGGACUCAAGUAUGAGUACACCAUUAAGAAGAGCAAGGAGACAGGAAAUGAGGUCAUCAAACCAAUUUACAGGUGGAGACACGGCGCAUGGACAGACUGCAGCACCACCUGUGGACUAGGUGAACAGCACCAGCCUGCACGCUGCUUUGAGAUGGAUGUGGGCGUUGUAGACGAGUCUCUGUGUGACCCAGAGAGCCGUCCAGAAGACAGACACCGGAAUUGUAAGAACAUGGAUUGCCCUGCCAGGUGGUGGGUUGGAGGCUGGCAGCAGUGUACGACCGCCUGUGGAUCGGAAGGCUUGCGGAAGCGUACGGUGCUUUGCGUCCGCACGGUUUCGGGUGAGGAAAGGGUGCUCCAUCCUGUGGAGUGCAAGCAGCUCCUUAAACCCAAACCCGUUAUACCAUGCAACAGAGAUGUACCCUGUGGACAGGACUGGGUUGUUGGACUCUGGGAAGACUGUCCAGUCACAUGUGGAGGAGGUGUCCGCUCCCGCACUGUUACAUGUGCAUUAGCACCCCAAAAAACCUGCGACCUCGCUACCAAACCACGCACCCGAUCACUGUGCGGUCUGCAGAGCUGCCCUAGCUCGAGUCUCCAGCGACGACCCGGACCGCCUCCUAAAUACCGCCGCAUUUACCCACCAAAGAGAAACCCAACUAAGCCUUUCUUCCCCACCGGGGCUACCACGAGUACCUCAGCCACAGCUACAACUACCACUGCAUAUUCAACCUAUAAAAUUCCAACCCUUGAUCAUGAUAACGAUCCAAGUCAAGCAACGCCAGAAGCAGAGGAGAGAGUGGACAGUGAGGAAGGAAGCACACCCAAUGUGGUGAUGAAUGUUCCUGGUUAUGACUAUGUUACAGAAGAGCGAACACGAGAGGAGGAGGGGAUCAUUGACCUGGACGUCGGUACUACUUGGUUCAAAAAUCCUCUUAAAUCAACCACACUAGUGCCGCAUGUAAUCAUCACGCCCACUUUACAAACAAGUGGCCCUGGCAAACACACAACCACAGAAGCCACCACAUCCUCCUCCUUCACCCCACACGCUACUGCCGAGAUCAGUCAUCACACCACUCUUCGCGUCACUCCAUACAGCCCCCGGAUGCCCAGCAUUCCUCUAACUACUCCCAUGUUGAAGUCGCGUUCGGUUCCAUCCAAAACAGGCCUCCACACAACAAAAGUUCCUUCUACACCGCUCGGCACUGCAUCGUGGCCUCAUACCACAAUAAAAGUUAUUAAAACGAAGAAGCCUGCUUUGACUCCCAAGAAAAGUGUCUCUACCAAAAAAAACUCAUCCCGGACUAAUGGUAACCGGUCCAAGAGCCAAAAUCAACCGUCUCCCCACCCCACCAGAGACCCUGGAGAGCCAGUCAGCAUGGAUGUGUUCUGGCUUGUAGGAAACUGGAGUGAGUGCUCAACCAGCUGUGGAAUCGGUGCAAUAUGGAGGGCAGUUACAUGCAGUUCCCAGAAGGACGAGGACUGUGCAAGCACCAAGAAACCUGAGCCUGCUCGCACCUGCCGUUUACAGCCGUGUGCCACCUGGCAAAGUGGCAGCUGGAGCAAGUGUCUAGAGAACUGUGCAGUGGUGGGAAAGCGAUACCGGGAUGUCCAAUGUGUUGAUUCCCAGAAUCAACGUCCUCUUCGGCCCUUCCACUGUCAGGCGGUGUCCAGCAAACCUGUCAGUACAUUGACUUGCCCCCACAAGGUCUGUGUGGACUGGAAUGUGUCACCCUGGGGACCGUGCUCUGGGAGCUGUGGUGAGGGAAUGCGUGAGCGGCUGGUGUACUGUCCAGUGCCUCACGGUUGUGGCGCUACACCGAGGCCAAAUAGCACAGAGUCAUGCAGCCUGAAGCCUUGCACCAACUGGAGGACAGAAGAGUGGGAGCAGUGCUCUGCGAGCUGCGGAGGAGGUCAGCAGCAGCGUGACGUCAUCUGCGUGAAUAACGAGGAUUCUGGUGUAAUGCCAGACAGCCUGUGUGAGAAGAUGUCCAAACCAGAAGCUCUCCGGAAAUGCAAUAUGCAGGAAUGCCAGACCGCUUCAGGCCCGAUGUGCAGGAAAAACACAAUGUCGUCUCGCUUCUGCGCCAAGCUGAAGCUGUUGGGCCGCUGCUCUCUCAGGUCGGUGCAAAGACAGUGUUGUAGCACCUGCAGAUCAUAGACGGCAACACCCUCUCUUGAUGUGCCUCCCUUCUGGAGCUACUUACUGUACUUCAUGACUACACAUGAAACUGGCCAGCGACAAGGAACAGGAAACAUUUGACAUGCACUGGAACCUUUGAAGUCCAACACAAUUGGUUUUGGAACGUUGCUCGACCUAAUAAAUUUCCCCAUAAAAGCCAAUGGAAAUAGAAAUACUCUACCGGUAAUGUAAUGUAAUGUAAUUCAUCCUUUGACGACGAGUGACUAAAGCGCGUCGCACAACGAGCAACGCUGUCGAAACCGACUGAACUCUCGUGCAGUGUGCGAGUUUGGCAACUCGUUGUCAUGAGUGGCCAAAUGAGUGGCCAUUUUGCACUCAGCAAUCUGGUGUACCACUUUCAUGUUUCACGAUAACUUCCAUUUUAGGUUCUAUGGUUGUCAUCAACGGAACAUGGUUGUGUAUUAAUUAGCACUUGUGCCUCAGAGUCAAGAUGUUCUGGGUUCGAAUUUCAGCACUGGCUGUCCUGUGUGGUGUUUGAAAGUUCUUGAAAAUGGUUGGGUGGGAUUUUUCCAAGUACUCUGUCUUCGUCCAACAUUCCAAAAACAUGCAUCUUCGGUUCAUUGAGGACUCUAAAUUGUCCAUAGGUGGGAAUGUGAGUGUGAUUGCUUGUUUGUCUAUAUGCUCUGUGAUUGGCUAGCAACCUGUUCAGGGGUACCCCGCCUCUUGCCCAAAAUCAGCUGGGAUAGGCGUCAGCUCCCCCACGACACUAAUAAGGACAAGUACUAUCAAAAAUGGAUAGAUGGAUGGAUGGACAUGCCAUCACUGCUAUGUGGUGAUGUCACAACAAAGCCAAAGAAAAAUGCAAACACUUAAUUGGCACUUCCAAAUUCCCAAUAGAUGACCAGUAAACCACUGGACUUUAGAGGUUCUACUGUUUUUUUUCCCCAUUAAGAACACUGAAUUACGUUUGCAAAUUUAAUUGUGUAAAUUGGGGUACACGCAUAGUGAUUUUUAACAUCUGAACCGAUUUCUAAAUUGCGACAGAUCACACGCACGACAAGGAAAAAAGUGUACGCGCUUGUUGCUCUUAUAGUGUGCGGUGUACUCGAGGUGAGCAACACAGCAGACCACACAUCACCAUAUCUCCAUCGGACAAUAAUGAACUUGGUGACCACACACACAAGGAUUUGUCCUUUUGCAGUCAUAAAUAUUGAAUAGGUUUAAACAUUUACAAUUGUCCGCCGUGACCGUUUUGCGAGCAGAUCGGGACUGAAAACACAUCCCACACCACAAUCUGGCCUUUCUUGGUUUUGAUCACAAGGGAAGGAAAAUGCUGAAAUUUGCCCUGAUUGUCAAUAUGUGUGUACCCUACUUAAUGAGGUAAUAUUGAUUGACAUCAUCAAGAGUGGACCAUGUUUUGGUCAAUUCAUCAAUGGAUGCAAUAGGUGCAAUUCGAGAGUGCCACAAUUUGACUUCCUGAUACAUUAACUGGUGUAUACCUAUUUUUAGGAACCUACUGUCCAUCAAAGGUGCUUUGUCUUAUAGGUAGGCGACUUGUGCAAAAUACGUUUUAUUUUGAACUGGUAAAAGCAGAAUGUAAAUAAGGAUAUUGUUUAACCUCUUUUUAAUACUGUUAAUAACAACAACAUGCUUAUUUAGUAUAGUAGUCUUAAUUGUGCUUUUCAAUGUUGUGUUGGCACUGUGGGUGAAAGGUUUCAACUCUAUUUGUAUUACGUGAACUGCAGAACUCUGUACUUGAACUGUGGUGCUCCUCUGGCGUUAAAGUGACCAAUGACAAAGAGGCGUUGCAGGUCAUCCCCUCUCAGGUCCCUCAAAGGAUGGCUACUGCAUUUCUACGAAUUUGUACAUACCAAUGUGAGGCAUGUGGUUCUACAGCAAUAAAUGUGACCAUUAAAGAC